AUGGAGAAACAAACGCUUGAUUUCUUUCUGGUUCCCUUAGGUCUCUGUUUACUGUUGGUUUACCAUAUAUGGCUUCUUCAUCAAAUCAUAAAUCAUCCGAUGACCACUGUCAUCGGUGUCAAUAUCAUCAACAAACGCAUAUGGGUCCGAACCAUGAUGGAGGACGCGAAGAAUGGCACUCUUGCAGUGCAGACACUACGAAACAAUAUAAUGGCGUCGACAGUUUUGGCAUCAACAGCGAUAAUGCAGAGUUCCGUGGUAACCAUGAUGAUGUCCAACCCAAAAGCUCGAACUUCAGAAUUUGUUUUUGGAGACCAGAGUGAGCUAGGGUUUUGGAUCAAAUUCUUAUCCAUCUUUGUCUGUUUUCUUUUGGCUUUCUUCUUUAACGUACAGUCCAUAAGAUAUUACAGUCAUGCAAGCAUGUUGAUUAAUGUUCCGGUGAAGAAGAUGAAAAGUAGUCCAGAAUUGAGGGCAGAAUAUGUGGGGAAAGUAGUGAACCGAGGGAGCUGUUUCUGGUCACUGGGCUUGCGGGCAUUUUACUUAUCACUUCCACUGUAUUUAUGGCUUUUUGGUCCUAUACCUAUGUUUUUGUGCUGCGUUGUGCUGGUUUUUAUGCUUCAUUUUCUGGACUUGACUUUUGACUUUGGAGAGGGUGGAGUUGGUAUUGUUGACGAUAAGGACGAGGAAGCAGGUUGGUAA